AUGGGCCCCAAGCGAACUAAGUCCGUCCGGGACUCGCCGGCGUCCGGGCUGCCGAGCUGGGAGGCGGCGCUGGUGUCCGCCCGCCUCGAGGAGGAUGACUGGAAGCCUAGCAUCGCUUUCAUCGUUGGGGCCAAGAUUGAGGAUGAAAUGCACACCCAGGCCCUGGCUCUUGCUGUGCAGGUGCCACUGCGAAAGCUCUUCAGUGUGGUAACACGUGAAGAUAUUUACAGACAGAUUGCAGAAUCUGGGGGUCAAAAGGGAAAAAAGGCUAAGAAUGUGCCUAUGUACUAUGAGGUGGUGGAAUUAGCCAAAGCCUUUCUGGACAGGGGUGAAGAAAUUCCUGUAACACUGACUGGCAAGCUGUUGAAAUUUCAAUUGCUUUGUCUCAAACAGAAGGACCUGAACAGAAGAGAAGAGGAAAAGAAGGCAGAACAGCAGCAAAAAGAGAAAGAGAAAGAAAAAGAAAGAGCUAAAUCUCCUGGUAAGACAACUAGAAAAGAUAGUAAAGGAAAAAAGUCAGUGGCAACACCCUCUCUUAAAAAGGACACCAAACUGAAACAACGAGGACAAGUGGAAAUGAAAGACAAAUACAUUGAUGAUGAACCAGAUGAUGGUGCUCAUCAUUACUUUAUCAUUCUGGGUUUCCCCAAUCUUCAGUUGUUGCCUGUCUUGACUGACCUUGAGAUUAACAUUUCAAGUGUAAUUCAAAUUUCUUCUGAGAAUUACACACCAUUGCAGAUAUACUUAGAAGCAACUAAACUUGAAGGACCAUCUUCUGUUUCACCUGAAGACAUAGAAGCAGAGAAGAGAAAGGAAGAUGAAGCUAACAAAGACCUGGAAACAUUUUGGAAAUUCCUGGAGCCCGUUCUGAACAGUGGAAAGCAUGGAUCAAGUCUCUUUGAUGUUGCCAGGCUUCAUUACCUAGUUAAGGAAAGUGACUUUCCCCCUGAUUGGUCAGACAGCAAAAUGCUGCUUGCAUUUGGUACUGUGCUGUUUGAACACAUUGCUUGUUUGAUGUAUGACUGCCUGGACUGGAGAAGACAGCAUUGCAACUACUUGGAAAAUACCAAGUUUUUUAAUGUGUCUAUGUUACCAGAGAGCAAAUCAACACAACCACCUGCAGCUGAGGAACAAGCAGCACCACGGAUGACACCAACAAAGAAAAAAGGGAAACCAGAAGAAAUUCUGCCAACAGUAGUUUUGUCAGAGACAGGUGAAGAAACUCCUAUUCUGUUUCUUCCAGUGGACAUGAGGUAUUACAAUGACUUGCUGAGUCAAAUUCCUGAGGAGUACUUUUCUGUACCCUUAAUGCUGAGCUGCAUGUUGGAACAGGUUAUUGCAAGUGAAGAAGACCUUACACCACCGAGUCUGGUGGCAUCAGAUCCUCAGGCAGAUGGGCUGCAUCGUGCCAUUGCAGAUCAUAUAAUCUCUGUCCUUCCUUCUCUUUCACUUCCUGUGAAUGAAAAAAAGAAUCUGUAUGACUACUUUUCUCUUGAAUGUGUUGAACGAGAGACUGUCACCCCCCAGUACCCUCUCUUAUUUAACUACCAUGAUGCCCUGGCUCAGCGGUUGCACCUGCUGAAGGUCCAGAAGAACUUCAAUCCAGAAAAGAUUGAGCGUGAAAUGAUGGAUAAACUGCCUCUUAGAGAACUUACCCAUUUCACCCCUCCUUCAACUGAAAACAACACUAAACGCUUGGCCAGAGUUCAUGAGCUCAUGCAUUAUUUUACUACUGAACUUCUGAGUUGGGCUGAAGUAGAAAGAGCCUUCAGAGUAUUUACUUUUGAAAGCCUGAAGCUGACUGGGCUGAGUGACUCUGGUUUCCUGGAGAGCUCUGGAUCUAGGGUUGGAGGUGAUUCUGAAGUGUCUUAUAUCCCUUGGGAUAAUCCAGCCAUGUUUGCAAGGCAGCUGAGACAACUCUUCCUUAUGGAAAAGAAGCGUAAUGGGAAAUCUCCAAGAGGCCCUGGGCAUACAGAAACAAGUGACAGCGAUGAAGAAGAUGGUCUGGUCGGUCCUCUUUUGAAUGUAGAAUUGGAUCUUCUGUAUUCUGAGAUGGUGAGUCAGGAAAAUUAUGGCCUCGGACCAAGUUUAGAAGAAAUAAAAAAGACACAGAGGCGUUGCUUGACAGACUGGAGUUUGGAAGAGCAUUUUCAGCCCCAUGUUCUUCGCCAGGUUCUUCAUACAGCAUCCCAAGAAUAUAGGUGUAUUGAUUCCUUUUAUCAUACCCAAGAUAACUCUUUACUAAUGGUUUUUCACAGUCCUAUGAAUCAACAUCGUCAGUGCCAAGAGACUUGGAAUAUUGCUCUGCACUCUAAUGUUGGAUUCAGGAGCUAUCUUGAGCUGGUAGCCAACUCAAUUGAAGAUUGGGUGAAAGAGGAAGAAGCUAAAUACCAAAAAGAGAAGAUGGGCAGCACGUCCAAACCUGAGAAUGUAACAGAGUCUCAAUCCAAGAAUGAAGAAAGUCUCGUUAUCAGAGAAGACUCUCUAAAGGCUUGGAAGAGGGAGCAGGACCGAUUACGAGAGGAAGAGAAAAAAGAAAAGGAAGAAAAACUAGAAAAGGAAAGAAAAUUGCCAAGUAAAAAGAAAGGACGGGAUGUAAAAGAUAAAGAAAGUAAGGAAUCAAACAAAAAACCUCCCGAAGAGAAGUCUCAAAAUGAGUCAACAAAAGCCCCUGAACUUGAGGAGGAUCAUAGCAUUCCAGAACCAUGUUCUGAGAAAGUUUAUAAGUUUCAUGGCUACAAUACAGGGGAGGAUAUCAUUCAAGUAUCAGGAACCCAUCAAUAUCUUUUCCCAUCUGAUGGAGGACAGAUUCAAGUGGAGAAGAUAGAGUUUGUAAAAAAAACUUUGAUAAAGGUGAAAGUCAUAAAAGACAACCACAAUUUCUUCAUUCAUAUCACAGACCCCAAGGAAAACUUCAAAGAAGCUGAAGAGCAAGAAAUUAAUGAAGAACAGCAAAUUGGAUCAGGAGAAUUGAAAAAUCAAAAGAAAGUUGUGAGCAAGUUUGGAUCUUUUUCAGCCACCUUGGAAAAUGGAAUCCAGCUGUCCUUGAGCUAUUAUGGACCUACAGGGGAGACAGCAGAUGAUGAAACAGGUCUUGUCUUAGCAAGAAUUCUGAACAUCCCUUCUGUUCAUCUUCCGACCGUAAUUCCGACAACAGUUUCUCCUAUUACACUGAUGCCAGCUCCAGGGAAAAGAGAUAAGUCUGACAGAAGAAAAUCAGGAAAAGCUUCUUCCAAAGCUUCUUCCAAAGGAAACCAUAACAAACUAGCCCCUUCAUCACCCGAUCACCUGGUACAGCAAGAAAAAAAGAUGGAAAAGGAAGAACCAGUUCCCCAAACACAAGAGAUAUCAGAUGCUCCUGCUUUUCCGAGUUUGAAUGUUUCCUGUCCAAAUGGACUUGUAUUAACUUUCCUCAGGGAAAGGUUUCAAGAUUUGAAAGGUGAAGCCACUGCCACUGAAGCAGGGAAAGAGAUGGUAGAGGAAAGUGAGGCCAAAGCAGAUGAAGGAGAGGAGGAAGAGGUUGUGCAAAAUGGAGAGGAGGAACAUCAGGUUACUGAAGGUGAAAAAAAGCAUGAAGAUACCAAAAGUGGACAGGCUGAGCAGCCUGCUGUGGACAUUAUGGUUAGACAGAGUUAUCCCCAAAUGGUAAAGAACUCACAUCUUUAUUCACCUCCGUCAAGGCAAGCAGAACAAGAGGUGUCAAGAGUCAUCACUAGUCAAGGAACUGUCAUAAAGUACCUGAUGGAUGGAUCUACCCAGAUUCUGUUUGCUGAUGGCACAGUGAGUAAGAGCCCUGAUUCUGGUCCUGUCUUACCACCACAUACAAUUCCAGAUGAAAUGCAAUCCUUACCAGAAUCAGAAUGUUUAUCUGAGAACAGCACUAAGAAAGGAAAAGACAGUGAAAAGGCCAAUUCUGCGCAACCUAAGGCAGGAACCUGGAUAACGACAACUCCAUUAGGCACUCGAGUGGGCACAGAGGGUGCAACAAGAAUGAAUCUGAAGCCACUCUUUAUGUAUCAGGCCACAAACCCAGCUGAUGGAACGAUUGUGACCGUACGAGAAGACGAAGUGAUGAUUGUUGAUAGGCCACGUGGUAACAGAGUAGUGGAGCAUGCUGAUGGUACCAGGAUCACAACUUUUUAUGAAAAAUGUGAAGACCGUUCCGUACGAGCGGGUUGUGUGGAAAGAGAAAAACCCUCAGAAGCCACCAUAAAGAAGCUCAAAGGUAUACGCUUAGAGAAUCCUGAGUUUGCUACUGUUAUAAUAAAUUGUGAGAAUGGUACCUGUUGUACUGUCUUUGGAGAUGGGACAUCUAUUCUAGCAAAGCCACAGGGAACUUACCAGGUUUUACCCAGCAAGGGAGGCUUUCUUUUCUUUGAUGAAGAUUGCUCAGCAGUUUAUAGCCAUGAAGUUUGUGAUUUCAUCAGCAAGGAAGAAGAGAAACAAGCAGGGAGAUACAUUAUGAAACACACUUCGAGCACUAUUUGUGAGAUGACAGAUCCUGAAGGAAAUACUUUCAAGGUCCUGGCUGAUGGCAGCACAGAUGUGUGCAUUCCCAGCAUUGGCUCUGAUGGCAAGGAGGACACAAGUUCAGCAGCAGAUGAGGUUAACAAACCUGUCACCUAUAAGGAGCAUGCCCCCAGGUUUUUCAUCAUCUCUGCAGAUGGCUCUGGAACGGAGCUCCUGCGAAAAAGGGAUGUACACAAGUACGUGGCUGAGGCCUGCAGUGAUCCUGCCACUGCAGUCUUGCAGGAUCCUGUACAAGAACAGCCAGGUGUUUUAAGUAUUACUGUCCUCCGCCCUCUGGCUGAAGCAUCCCCCUGGGUAAUGAAGAAAAAACCAGAGAGUAUUGUUCCUCCUUAUCUUCAGUUAGGGGCUCAGGAAGCAUCUUCUCUCCCUGAGAGGGAGAUCACAGGUCCCUCAAUCAGAGGGUAUGCUUGGAAGGGUCUCAGCAUUGGAGCAGCGCCCUUGCCAGGCCCGGUGCGAAAAUGUCCCAAAAAACUGCAAAUCCGCCAGCUAUUCCAAUAUAAGCCACUCUGUGAUGAACUAAGAGAAAAACUGCAGCUUUCCCUCAAGGAGUAUAUAGACAACAUCUUAAAGCAGGAAAAUGAGCUGGAAGAGAUAAAUAUGAAAGAACCCAGAACAGAAGAGGAAAAGGAGAAUGCUGCAAGUCUCCUUGAACUCGUGACAUCCUUCCCUGACUGGGAGAAGUCAACUGAAAAGCUCAGUGAUAAAGGCCAUGUGAGAGAGCUGUAUGAACAGGCAGUGGCUCCUCGUGCCCGGAGUCGCACAAAGACAAGAAUUGCACAAGGAGAGGGCCAGCAGCAGAGUCCAGAAGGAGUAACACAAACAUCAAAGUGGCAAAGCAAACUAGAACAGAACAGGAAAGAACUGGAUGAACAGAAGACUACGUUUGCAGCAAUAAAAAACAAAAUAUUUGCUCCAUAUUUUGAAUCUGAAUUCAGCAAGGACUUUGUCCAAGAAAAGUUCCCUGAUUUGGAAGCAAUCUCUAAGGAACUUCCUCCACUUCACAAAGAAGGAAGCAUGACUUGCCCUCCGUGGAUGAAAAGAGAGCCCAGUGGAGCAUCUGAAUUUCUUGAUGCCACGAGUGAUUCGUCACUUUCAUCCGGCCUUCCGCUGCAGGAUCCUUCCAGACAGGAUGAUGGUCCCAGCGGCACAACAGACCUAAACACGGCAGCAGGAGCAGAAGAGACACCCUUUCAACGUAAAGUUCCAAGUCUGAUGGUGGAUGUUACGGGACAGACACGAAAAGAGAAAGUAAUAGUACCAUCAUACCUUCAGGGGAUAAAAACAAACACCAUACCAAAUAAAAAGAUAGAAGAUCCUGCCUCAGGAAAGGUCAGCAUAUCUUCUCUUGCAACAAGACAGGAUCUUAGCAGCUUCCAUCUCAUCCCACCCAGGGUGACAUUUGGAGUGCUAAAGGAAGGCUGCACCUAUGCAACCACGGUAAUCAUGAAGAACGUUGGUGUGAACUUCUCAAGGUUUCGGGUGAAGCAGCCACCUCCCCACACAGGACUGAGAGUGAUGUACACACCAGGACCUGUGGCAGCAGGCUUGCAGGUUGAACUGGAGAUAGAGAUUUUUGCCAUGCUCAUUGGAGGGAAAGACACUGGUGGCCUUGAAGAAGUUUCCCAUGAUAUUGAAAUAUUGACAGAAACUGAAACUCUUCUUCUGCCUGUGAAAGCAACCGUGUUAUCCAGUGACACUUACGAGUGCCGCCCUGAAGGAUACCCCCAGGGAGGGGUGGCAGCAGCAGUCCAGGCACUUCCUACAAGCUCCAAGCCACGCUUACGGAUCACACUCCCACGGAAGUAGUUAGUAGAGUAGUUAGUGUUAGAGCCUCAGAAGAUCAACAUGAGGAUCAGCAACACUUGAAAUACCUAGAUUUUAGUCCAACCUUAUGGAAACAUCUAAUGUUUUGGGGUUUUUUUUCAUUUAUUUAAUCAGAUUAAAUGAGAAUAAAUAUUUUGCC